AUGUUAUCUCAAUUUAAGCGCCUUUUAUUUAAUUUUCUUCGCUAUAAGUGUUUGCCGAAGUUUUCAAUAUUCAAAAGCUUUCUAAUCAGUAUGAGUGGAGAACCGCAAGCUAAACGAACGAAAAUGUCUUCCUUGGAUCAAUUAAAACAAUAUUCAACAGUUGUCGCCGAUACCGGUGAUUUUGAAGCAAUGAAAGCUUACAAACCUACUGAUGCAACUACAAACCCUAGUUUAAUAUUGUCCGCAGCGGGGAUGGAGCAAUAUCAGCAUUUAUUAGAUAAAGCUAUUAAAUAUGGCAAGGAUUGUGGAGGAUCAAUAGAAGAACAAUUAGUGGAAACAUUGGAUAUGCUUAGUGUACUAUUUGGUUGUGAAAUCCUGAAGAUUAUACCUGGAAGGGUGUCUGUUGAGGUUGAUGCUAGAUUAUCUUUUGAUAAGGAUGCUAGCAUGGCAAAGGCCAUUAAAUUUAUUGCAAUGUUUGCUGAGCAUGGUAUUAAGAAGGAAAGAAUUCUCAUUAAGCUAGCAUCCACGUGGGAAGGGAUCCAAGCUGCUAAGGAGCUGGAGAAGAAACAUGGUAUUCAUUGUAAUCUCACUCUUUUGUUUUCAAUGUAUCAAGCUAUUGCUUGUGCUGACGCCAACGUUACUUUAAUAUCACCAUUUGUGGGAAGGAUAUUGGACUGGUACGUCGAACACACUAAAAAGACAUACGCGGCUACAGAAGAUCCCGGCGUGUUAUCUGUUACCCGUGUCUUCAAUUACUAUAAGAAGUUUGGCUACAAAACCCAAGUGAUGGGCGCAUCAUUCCGCAACACGGGUGAAAUCCGGGAACUGGCUGGCUGCGACCUGCUCACCAUCAGCCCAAAACUUCUACAGGAACUGGCAAAUAGUCAGGAUCCUAUCAAAAUGGUACUAGACCCGAAGGUAGCCGCUGAAUGUGACUUGGAAAAGAUAACGCUAACCGAAGCCCAGUUCCGUUGGCACCUCAAUGAAGACCAAAUGGCAACUGACAAACUCUCAGAUGGUAUCAGGAAAUUUGCGGCCGACACAAGGAAACUGGAAGCUUUGAUUAAAGGAAUGAUGGCGCAGAAGUAA